CCGGCGUUCAAGAUGUCGAAGCGAGGACGUGGUGGAUCCUCCGGUGCAAAAUUCCGGAUUUCCCUGGGUCUUCCGGUAGGAGCAGUGAUCAAUUGUGCUGAUAACACAGGAGCCAAAAAUCUGUAUAUCAUCUCUGUGAAGGGGAUCAAGGGACGGCUGAACAGACUUCCUGCUGCUGGUGUGGGUGACAUGGUGAUGGCCACAGUCAAGAAGGGCAAACCAGAGCUCAGAAAGAAGGUACAUCCAGCAGUGGUAAUUCGACAACGAAAGUGAUACAGGAGAAAAGACGGUGUUUUUCUUUAUUUUGAAGAUAAUGCAGGGGUCAUAGUAAACAAUAAGGGCGAGAUGAAAGGAUCUGCCAUCACAGGACCAGUUGCAAAGGAGUGUGCAGACUUGUGGCCUAGGAUUGCUUCCAAUGCGGGCAACAUUGCAUGAUUCUCCAGUGUGUUUGUAAAAAUAAUGUCUAUUAAGAAGUGGUUUCUCUGGGGCUGGG